CUAAACUCAGAACCCCUUUCAUCAUUUUUUUUCCCUUCGUCAGCUGGACGAGAAGGCUUCCAAGAACUGAUAGAACAUUUUAUUGAAGAUUUCAGUUUGGAAAACCAAGAACAAAUCCCGAUCAGGAAAAAGGAACAGAGGAGAAUAGGAUAGGAGUGGAUUUUCAACUUCGCCAGAAUCUGCCACCAGCGUCACCGCCAUUAUAUCGCUACAUUUCUUGGCCACAAAGCAGUGCAUUUUAGCAAGCACAUUGAGGGCUGUGGGCUGAGGAUUGUCAAUGGAUCACUACGGAGGAAAUUGGUCAAUGAUCUCAAACGUCCAGACUCUCAGCAGCAGCAGCAACCCUUCUACUCCCUCCUCCACUCAGGAUCAACACCACCUCUUCCUCCAACAACAGCCACCGCUGUAUCAGCAGCAACAACAGCAGCAGCAACAUUGUUUUUCCCAGCAGCAGCAGCAGCACCAGUCACUUGCAUCUCAUUUCCAUCUUCUACACCUAGUGGAAAACUUAGCAGAUGCUAUAGAGAAUGGAACUCGAGAUCAGCAUUCAGAUGCACUAGUUACCGAAUUGAACAGCCAAUUUGACAAGUGUCAACAGCUGCUAAACUCAAUUUCGGGUUCAAUCAACUCCAGAUCCAUGACAGUCGAGGGACAAAAGCAUAAACUAGAGGAAACUGAACAGUUAUUGAAUCAGCGAAGGGAUCUUAUUUCCAAGUAUACAAACUCUGUUGAAGAGCUUAUCAACUCUGAACUAUAACUACUGGGACGCUAAAUUGGAAUGAAUUUCUUGUUAGAAGUGGAGGCGCACGUGUUGCAAGAUCACUUGUAUAUUUCAUAUUUCUGGUGGAAAGGAGCACAGAGGAGGAAUGAGCAGUGAGGAGCAGUGAUGAUAUUACAUUGUUAGAUUUGACUAUAGUGAGCUAAGGUAGAAUUUUGCAACCUAGUUUGCAUUUGUUAACCCCAGAGAUAUGAGAGUCAAUUUCGAUUUUCAUUGUGCAAAGGUUGAGAAGGUUGCAAGAGCAUUUGUAUCUGACUGAUACGAUCUUGAGUGUUGAUACAAGGAGAAUGAAGAUGAUCUAAGUUGUUCACGAAAGUUUUGGAGAAAAGAAAUUUUUCUGUUUAGAAUUUCAAGUUCUCUUCAUUUGAGUAUUCUUUCUAUUUAAUUUUUCUG